ACUCAACUGCACCACACCACAAGAAACGGCCACACCACGAAAACACUGUAAAUUGAACUCCCACCGUUGAAACCCCCACCGGUUCUGGAUUUUCAGGUGGGCCGCCAGGUAUGGCCAGUUGGGUGUCUGCCCCGCCACACCCUCCCGUCUUCCGUUGUCGGAAACCUUCCAAUCCAUCCCUCCGCUUCCACAGCCGUCCAUCAAACCACUGCUGGGCCCACAUCCGCUCCAGCCCGAGUAGGAUCUAUUACUCCGACGAUAACGGCAAAAGACCGUCUCCUGAACCCGUCGGAAUUCAGCUCUACAACGACAUCGAAAGAUUAAUUAUAGAAUCUGCAAAGUUAUCCAAUGGUGAUUGGCGUUCCGGAGAUUGGAGCGAAAUUGAGGGAACAUGGGUGUUGAGACCAAGAUACUCAAAACCAACAUCAGUUGUUCAUUUCAUCGGUGGUAUUUUUGUUGGGGCUGCCCCUCAGCUUACCUACCGUUUGUUUCUUGAGCGUCUUUCAGAAAAGGGUAGUUUGGUAAUUGCAACACCAUUUGCUAGUGGAUUCGAUUACUUCUACAUUGCUGAUGAAGUACAAUGCAAAUUCGAUAGGUGUCUUCGGUCUUUGAGAGACUUGGUGGAUGGUCUUCCCACAUUUGGUGUGGGUCAUUCUUUGGGAUCUGUUAUCCACCUUUUGAUUGGCUCAAGGUAUGCUGUGCCAAGAAGCGGAAAUGUAUUCAUGGCAUUCAACAACAAGGAAGCAAGCGAAGCUGUCCCACUGUUUUCUCCAGUUAUUGUCCCAGUUGCUCAAAGCUUCGGUCCGCUUCUCUCACAGCUUACAUCGUCUCCAACGAUUCGCCUUGGGGCAGAAAUGGCUAUGAAGCAACUAGAGAGCCUUAGCCCUCCAAUUUUGAAACAAGUUCUGCCUUUAGUUGAACAACUUCCUCCCUUAUACAUGGAUUUAGCUCAGGGGAGAGAAGAUUUCAUUCCAAAACCUGAAGAAACCCGCCGACUGAUAAGGUCCUACUAUGGCAUUUCCCGGAAUCUUCUGGUAAAGUUCAAAGAUGAUUUGAUUGAUGAAACACCGGCACUAGCUAAGGUGCUAUGCUCGGAGUCUGCUGUAAGUUCAAUGCUGGAUAUGUCGAUUCGCAUGCUGCCAGGAGAUCACGGGCUUCCUUUGCAACAGGCUUUACCUGACAUCCCGCCAGCCAUGGCAGAUGCUGUAAACCGGGGAGGCGAGCUUCUAGCGAAUCUGACGGUAGGGACACCAUGGGAAACAGUGGCCAAGGAAGUAGGCAACACAUUAGGUGCGGACUCAAAGAUCAUUCGUGCACAAAUAUCAAAGGACGUCGACCUUCUUGUUGAUGUGAUUGCAACAUGGAUGGCAUUGAACAGUGGCCCUAAACUUCUGCGAAGGUGAACAUGUAGUUGAAAGAAUAUAUACAAGAAAAUCUGUUGCCCAUGUACAUUAGAAUAUCUCCACAAGGAACAUCCAUAUCUGUAUCAAAUCCGCAUUUCUUCCAUCAAUGUGCAAUCAGUCAUUCACUGAAUUGAUUUUCUUCUUGUAACAUAAAUAAAGGAUCUUCUUGGGUGCC